CGUCGCGGCUCCACGUGGGCUGAAGUUUGGAAACUUUCAGGCCAUGGAUACGCCGCUCAGGCGCAGUCGGCGGCUGGAAGGCCUAAACCCCGAACCCCCCGACACCCCCAGUGCAGUUUCACAGGCGAGACGGGCCCUUGUGGAGUUCAGGUCGGACGCAGAAGAAACGAGGGAGCCCGGGUCUCCUCGGAGUGUGCAGCAACCCGGCCUGGAGUCCCCCCGGCGUCAGCCGGAGACAAGCCCGGGAUCCCCUGUUCUACCGCAGGAUGCAGGUUUGGGGUCCCCCCGAAGGGAGUCGGAGCAGAGCCCAGGGUCCCUCCAGCGCCAGCAAGAUCCAGGCCUGGAGUCGCCCCAAACACUUCCGGAGUCGAGUCCAGUAUUCCCCGGCCUUCAGCCAAAGCCAACUGGAGAGUCAGCAGAGUUCUCCCAGGCCCAAGAAGAGCUGGACUCGGAGUUGGCCCUGAAUAAGAAGGAGCUGGCCCCGGGCUCUCCCCGACAUCAGCUGCAGCCGGGCCCAGCAUCACCAGAGCCUUACCCGGGUCAGCAAGCGCCGGGUCCGGAGCCCUCGCGGCCACUACAGGAGCUGACAGCGCAGUCACCCGGCUCGCCCCGCGGUCAGCACGAACCGAGCAAGCCACCUCCGACCGGGGAGCCGGCGAGAAGCAGCUUCGGGGCAAAGAAGCGGACAAGCUCUCCAGCCCAGGCUCCGGCCUCCAAGAAGUUGAAGGAGGUGGAGGAGGUUCCUGUAAUCCCUAAGGGAAAGCCCAAAUCGGGGCGAGUGUGGAAGGACCGCUCCAAGAAAAGGUUCUCCCAGAUGGUCCAGGACAAGCCCCUCCGCACCUCCUGGCAACGGAAGAUGAAGGAACGGCAGGAGAGGAAGCUGGCCAAGGACUUUGCCCGGCACCUGGAGGAGGAGAAGGAGAGGCGCCGGCAGGAGAAGAAACAGCGCCGGGCCGAGAACCUGAAACGCCGCCUGGAGAAUGAGCGGAGGGCAGAGGUUGUCCAAGUGAUCCGAAACCCUGCCAAGCUCAAGCGGGCAAAGAAGAAGCAGCUUCGCUCCAUCGAGAAGCGGGACACGCUGGCGCUGCUGCAGACUCAGCCCCCCCGGCGGCCAGCAGCCGAGAUCCAAGUCCGGGACACGUAGAGGCCGUCUGUGGCAGACACCGCACGUCUCUGGCCGCUGGUCACACCCUUUGCGGGUCGCGGCACCUGCAGCUCUACCCCACUCCACGUCUCCCCUCCCCUCCCCGCCCCACCCCUCCCUGUCCCACCCCACCCCUCCCCACAAGGGCUCUGAGCCUUUGAGGGCUCUGGGGCCUGGAGGGAGCCUGGGACCUGGCUGAGACCAGAGGAGGGAAGAGGUUCAGCACCCCCUCCUCCUUCCCCCUCCUUCAUCAAGUGCCUUGCAGCCAAGAAGAGCAAAUUCUCUGGUUCCUCGGGGAGCAGACAUCUGGAGGGUGAUUCUCCAAAUGUGUUUCUGUCUCAAGGUCCCUCUGCAGCCCACUGACUGUCACCCGGCAGACUGAACCCGAUGCCCCUUUCUUCUCCAUGCCGAAAGAUGAAGGCGGGAAGGUUGCGGGGAGCCAGGUCCCCCAGUUCCCUGCCUUCUGUACCGGAUGCCACAGAAGUCCCAAAGAUCUGAUUCACGCCAUGCAGUCUGCAUCAAAAAUAUUUAUUGAAAGCCUGGUGUACACAGGCACGAUUCUAGGUCUCAGGGAAUACGGAGGCCCAUGCCCACAAGGAGCUUUCAUUCUGAUGGAGAAAACUUAAUAAACGAAAAAACGGUA